CCCCCUCCGCGCCGCUUUCCACCGUCUCCUUGCUCUCGGCGGUCAGAGAGGGCCGGAGCGAGAAGAUGGCGAAGACGUACGAUUAUCUGUUCAAGCUGCUGCUCAUCGGCGACUCCGGCGUUGGCAAGACCUGCCUCCUGUUCCGCUUCUCAGAGGACGCCUUCAACACCACCUUUAUCUCCACCAUCGGAAUUGAUUUUAAAAUCAGAACGAUAGAACUCGACGGAAAGAAAAUUAAACUUCAGAUAUGGGACACGGCGGGCCAGGAAAGAUUCCGAACAAUUACAACAGCAUACUACAGAGGAGCCAUGGGAAUUAUGCUGGUCUAUGACAUCACCAAUGAAAAAUCCUUUGACAAUAUUAAAAAUUGGAUAAGAAACAUUGAAGAGCACGCCUCUUCAGAUGUUGAAAGAAUGAUCCUGGGUAACAAAUGUGAUAUGAACGACAAAAGACAAGUGUCAAAAGAGAGAGGGGAGAAGUUAGCAAUUGACUAUGGGAUUAAAUUUUUGGAGACAAGUGCAAAGUCGAGUACAAAUGUAGAAGAGGCAUUUUUUACACUUGCACGGGAUAUAAUGACAAAACUCAACAGGAAAAUGAAUGACAGCAAUUCAUCAGGAGCAGGUGGGCCAGUGAAAAUAACAGAAAGCCGGUCUAAGAAGACCAGUUUCUUCCGCUGUUCUCUGCUUUGAUGAACUCCUCAUUUCUGAGAGACUGCAGAAUACCUAGAGGGCCCUUCCCUGCCUCUCUGAAAGCACAGGCUACCCAGCCUCAGAGUCACCUCGCCCGGCUGCUGCGGAGAGCACCCCCGGAACUCACACAGACCACCAAGUGGAUUCCAGCCUUGUGGCCUAGCAAAAAAGAGCGGACUCCUUUCUUUAAAAAACAGAAGCAAUGAUGUGGAGACACACAUAGGACCUAACUGGUUUUUCCUUGUUUUACUGCCUGUCCUGGAAGCUGCUGUCUUUCUUUGCACAUGCGUGUCAGCCUUUUCCUGGUACAGCGUAAUCUUAGAUACUUAACUGAGCACUUUAGUGGCAUAAAGUUCUACACUUGUAUAUUUGGGGAUGCUUAAAGACAGCAGAGCAUUAAACAGAGGUUGACCUGCUACAAUUAAAGGAUGGUUGGCCUCGUUCACAUGGCCAAAAGUUCUUCUGUUGGUAGAUUUAUUGACGGGCUUUGAUUUGUAGUAUUCCUAAAAAUCAUUAAAUUUGAUAAAUGUUCAAAAUUUAUAAAAAUGCCCAUCUAUCCAGAGGCCAUGGCAUUGCCGUCUUUUGAGGGGGCGACCAGCCAUGCUCACCCCUGAGUAGCUGUGUCCCCUUUGAAGUUGGCUGUCCUGCCUCCUCUGUGGACUCAGCCUCUGGAAAGCACUGCAGGCUCACUGUUCGAGGGUUCUGUCUGCUGUCCCUUGUCCUGUGUGGCUUGCUGUUGUUAUUUGCUUAUCUAAAACCCAUAGUAUAUGAGCACUGCUGUCUGCCUGUGCACUGCAUGAGCAGCGAUCUCACAUAGGUUGAGACGUGGUCAUCACGGCUAUCUGUCCACAUCCACCUAUGGUCUUGUCACAUUAGAGUAUGUAGUAAGUACAUUCUUUCUGAGUUUCACCCAUUAGCUUAUAUUACCCAGUUCUUAACCAGAAUCCCCAUCCACAAGAGUUAACAAAGGUUAGAUUUAGAUUUUAGUUUGCAGAAAACAUACAUAUACAGAGAAAGAUUAAACAUGUUGCUGUAACUUUAAAAGACAGCUAUUUGUAAUGCUGAAAGGACUUUUUUCUAUUUUUUUUUAAGUAAUUAGACCUAGCACAUCCUCCAGAAAUCUUGUCUUUUCAUUAAAGCACGCAUGAUUCAGGUCUCAGCUUUCAAAUAGCCAUUGCUGGGUGUCUAAGACCCAGCCCUGUUUGCUUAGGUUUGUCAUUAGAGAAGUGGUGUGGACAUCCAGGCUGAAGCCCACCACAGAUGUCACUGCCCUUCUCACCAAAUACUGGUUCUGAUGUUUCUUCUGUGGGUGAAGCCACUGCACUGGGGACGGGGAGGGUGUUUGGUGUUAACUUUUGUGCCAACUAUAGAUCAUAAUGUCACUGCUGUCCUAACACAGAGAGCAUAAAAACAGGUGACAGUGGCAGGCACUUGUACUUUAAGGUGGAUGUGGAUAGCUAGUUACACAGACAAUUCUGCCUCAGACUAAGAUCUGUGGGUACAGUGUUUGGACCAGUCAGGCCUUCCCAUCUGUUGGGAAGCUCAGAAGCAUUCCAGUGGCUGCAAGUUUCCCAGAGUUAUUUUUGGUGGAUAUGCUAACUUUACUGUUGAAAAACUUCAGCCUUUUCUUCUUUUUCCUUAGUUACCUAUCAGCUUAAAAUCACACAUUACUACCCCCGUGCAAGCAGUUCACUCAUUGAGAACUGAUUACAAGUCUAACAUCGUGAAAUUAAAUACAUAUUUGAAAAGAACCAGUAUUUUCUUAGAAAUGUCUUAUCACUACUUUUCUGGAAAAAAAGUUCAAGCAGUUACAUUGGUCACAAAGUACUUUGCAAAAAGCACAGGCUGUGACACCACAUACGAAUGUAAUUCUCUUAGUAUUUACCUCUGACUGUUUGGUGUCUUAACACUUCGGUUUCUAUCUCAGGGGUUGUCUGCAAACCAAAACUGACAUGUUCUGUGGUCAGCUUUUUCUUUUCUUCUGUUUUGUUUUUGUUUUUAAACAAACAAAACCAGAAUGCUUUGCUUUUGAUAUUUUCACCCUUCUUGUGUCUUUUGUGGGUUAAUAACUAGUCUCCAUGAACUUCUCUUUGAAAGAGCCUAUAAAUGUUAGGUGAGUCUAAAAGUGCUCUUUGAAGCAGCAGCAAUCGGGGAGUAUAUCCUUGUUAUAUAGAAAUACAUUGUCCUUGCUAUUUUCUUACAUUUAACUUUGCUAAAUUGUAUAUAAUUUGAGCUCAGACCAUAGGAAAUUCACUUUCUGCAUGGUAGAAACAACCCAACAGAUAGUCUACGUUGCUUAAUAAUGUACAUAUGGUACAUUAUUUUUUUCUACUUGUAGAUGAAUUUAAUGACAGAGAAUUGUCUGUUCCCUGCUGAGGCUGAAGAUAUCUAGAAGUGUGUGUGUGUGUGUGUGUGUGUGUGUGUGUGUGUGUGAGAGAGAGAGAGAGAGAGAGAGAGAGACAGAGACAGAGACAGAGACAGAGACAGAGAACAAACAUUCCUGUGGUCUUCUGGAUAGGGUACAUAGAGAUUUUUGCAGCAGUAUUAGUGGUUCAGUGGCUGCACUUUAUUAUUGUGCUAAUUUUUGACGAUUGGACUCAAAAUUUUCCAACUAGAGCCUGAGGGUAUCAAACAGUGAAAUGUACUGUAACUAAGUAGCAUGUGAAUCCAUUGAUUGUAAACUGUUCCACUGGGAACUUAUUCUAGCCUCAUGGAGUUCAGGCAGAUGAUAACAAAGUGAUCUACCUGUGCAUCAGUUGCUGCCACAGCCCUUCUUACUGUUCAUGUGGACAUUUUAUGCAGUCUUCAUUAUAAAUUUCCUAAGACUAUGCUCUUUACUUUGAAGGACUAUUUUUUAAUUAUACCUCAUUUAGCUAACUAAUAUUCUAACAACCAGUAGAAAACAGUGAGCCCGCCUCCAAGCAUUCAGCACAUUUAAGCUGCAUGUUUUGUUUUGUCUUGUUUUGAACUGGAGGAAAAGAGAAAUACUUUUGAAUAAAGCAUGCAUGCCAAUACCCAGUAGCAUACAAAAAUAUUACUUUCCUGUCCAUCCAUUAAUGAAUUUAGUUGUGCAAUAUAAUAGGUUGUUCUGCAGUUUACGAGUAAGAAAUUGUAACUGCAUUUUUCAGGCUCCAAAUGCUAAGAAUCUGUAUUAUGGCUUAUAAAGUGUCUUCCUAUGAGCAGUAAAAGGACAAAUUAGGCAGACUUCCUUUUCAAGCUUGUGACUUAGAUUCUUUUAUAAAUAUAGUUCUUAAUCUUUAAAGAUGAGAUUCUAAGCCUAGAAUUUUAAAACCACAUUUCAUUAUGGUGGUUUACUGAUCUCAAAUUUUCUACAAUUUGAUUUUUUUAGACUUAAGAACAGCUAAACAAAACCUUCCUUUAUCUUUCUCAUCACAUCCAGUGGCAGAGAGGAGUUUCUGAGCAUGAAAUCCUGUCUGUGAUUCCGAAGGACAUAGCAGGUCAGGAUAUAAUAAAAGUUAUGAAUUUCAUGUUCAUUAGAAAGAAACUAAACGACUGAGCAUAGAAAUGGAGAGCAGCAAGCAUUUAUCUUAAGGAUUUUCCAGAUUUUACUUUGUAUCUUGAAGUGUGUGCCAUAUGCCAAGAACUAACAGAACUCCGUGUUUCAUCUUUGUACCUGUUUCUUUUUUUAAAGUGAACUUAUGGUCGUUCAUUCCUGUGGCCUUACGGAUGGGUUUGUCUUGACUGUUUGCAACUGAUGCUGCAGUUCCCUUAAUGACAUUUUGCCAUGAACUGUCUGACUACAGUCAUGCCCCACCAUGGGAACUAUGGAGUUUCUUCAUAGACUUUUACUUGUGUGCUUAAACAUUUUCUUUUGCUUCAGUGGCUUACUGUGGAAAGCUCCUGUGGAUAGUAUGGACCUGCCAUGUGGCCAGUCUUUUGAAGCCAGUUCAUUAACUGCACUGAUACUGAUGUUGUGUUUUUUAAAAAUGAAUUUUAUUCCAGGUGAACUUUUUUUUUACAAUAAUGUUCAUCUAAAAUAAAAACUACAUGAUGAAAAAUG